CCGCGGCGGCAACAAGUGCUGGAGCCGAACCGAGCCGAGCGGAGCCGGAGCUGUCUCCGCCGCCGACACCACCGGGCCGCCAGUCGCGGGCGCAACGCAUGGAGUUUGAGCGGCUGCGGUCGCCAGGCUGAGCCGCGCCGAGCGGCCGGGACUUGGAUGUGGCCGCGAUAUCCCGCCCCCGCCCCGCUGAGCAGGAGCUGCUCCCGGACAAGGAAGUUGGCAAAGAAGGGAAAGAAGAGCCUGUGCCUGGAGCCACUGGAGAACAGGUGAGGUGGAGAAGAAAGUGGAGAUCGCCAUUGGUGCAGAACCCCAGAGAGCAGCAAGCGAUGAUAUGAGAAAUGAGUGUUGGACGUCGGAGAAUAAAGUUGUUGGGUAUCCUGAUGAUGGUAAAUGCCUUCAUUUAUUUGAUUGUGGAAGUCUCCAAAAGCAGUAACCAAGAAAAAAAUGGAAAGGGGGAAGUAAUAAUACCCAAAGAAAAGUUCUGGAAGACAUCUGACCUUCCGGUGGCAUAUUGGAAUCGAGAACAAGAAAAGCUGAACAGGCGGUACAAUCCCAUUUUGGGCAUGUUGGCAAACCAUACAGGGGAACUGAAUGGGUUUUCCAACAUAAGCCAUCUGAAUUAUUGUGAACCUGACCUAAGGGUCCAAUCUGCAGUUUCAGAUUUCAACAAUUUGCCGGACAGGUUUAAAGACUUUCUGCUGUAUUUGAGAUGUCGAAAUUACUCACUGCUUAUAGAUCAACCAGGUAAGUGUGCAAAGAAGCCCUUCUUACUGCUGGCGAUUAAGUCCCUCACUCCACAUUUCUCUAGAAGGCAAGCAAUUCGGGAAUCUUGGGGCAGAGAAACCAACGUGGGGAACCAAACAGUGGUGCGUGUCUUCUUACUAGGCCAGACACCCCCAGAGGACAACCAUCCCGAUCUUUCAGAUAUGCUGAAAUUUGAGAGUGAGAAGCACCAAGACAUUCUUAUGUGGAACUACAGAGACACUUUCUUCAACUUGUCCCUGAAAGAAGUACUCUUUCUCAGAUGGGUGAGCACUUCCUGCCCAAACGCCGAGUUUGUGUUUAAGGGCGAUGAUGAUGUUUUUGUGAAUACCCAUCACAUCCUGAAUUACUUGAAUAGCUUAUCCAAAAACAAAGCCAAAGAUUUGUUUAUAGGUGAUGUGAUCCACAACGCUGGACCUCAUCGGGAUAAGAAGCUGAAGUACUACAUCCCAGAAGUUGUUUACACUGGCGUCUACCCGCCUUAUGCCGGAGGGGGUGGAUUCCUCUAUUCCGGCCACUUGGCUCUGAGGCUGUACAACGUAACCGACCGGGUCUUUCUCUACCCCAUUGAUGAUGUUUAUACUGGAAUGUGCCUUCAGAAACUUGGCCUCGUUCCAGAGAAACACAAAGGCUUUAAGACAUUUGAUAUAGAAGAGAAAAAAAGGAAUAAUAUUUGUUCCUAUCUAGAUCUGAUGUUAGUACAUAGUAGAAAACCUCAAGAGAUGAUUGAUAUUUGGUCUCGGUUGCAAAAUGCUCAUUUAAAUUGCUAAAAUAUACACAAACUAAAUUUCCCAUAGAAAGAGAUGUCUUGGAUAGUUUCCACAUUGUGUUCUCUCAUUAGGGCAAAUUUCUAUGUUUAACCAUCAAAAUUGCCUUCAUAAGUAGUAUCUAUUUGAGGGCCUCUAAACCCUUCAAUGUGGUACUUUCUGAAGAGGGAAAGCAGAAGAUCGUAAUUUUUAGAGAAGGAUAUGGCAGGACAGUUGGUUCCAAUUCUUCUUGUUGGUUAGUGGUCAUUAUUUUUUAAGUUACCCCUUUUUACCUGAAAUAAUAAGUUUUUGGAACUUGACUAUUUUAAGUUAUUUUUGUUUCACCCAAAUAUGGUAAUAUUCCUACUCUCCAUUAUAAUAAGUGAAUUACCUGCAAUUUAGGUACUUAUAAAACUAUUGUAUACAAAUGAUUUGUUAUACAUGGUUCAACAGUUUUUGUGAAGUGGAAUAAAAUUCAUUAUUAUAAAAUUUGGAUGAUUUUUUUAAAUUGUCUAGAAAAAUUGACUGCUGCCGAAAUUUUCUGCUACGCCAGCAGUAUUUUCUUGUGUUAAUACAAUCAGUUAAUUUUACAAAAUGAGAAUCACUGUGUUACCCAGUUUAUCUUGUUAUGGUCAUAGUAAAGGACUGUAAUACAGGAACACAGUAACUAUUCUUGUGUUUGGUUUGCUACAUGGUAUCAUAACAGUUCUCUGUUUUUAGUGUUUGCAGAUAUGAGUAUGAUUCCAUAAUGGCCAACUAAAGAUUGAAUUGACACUGG